CACUGUAUUUUCAGAAGAAUGCUUGUGUUCCUAAAACAUACAAUCCACUUCCUGUCUGUGGCUGCAAUCCUAUAAAUGCUUCACAAGGACAUGAGUUUCGUUAAAGUCGGUGGGUCUCAAUUCUACAUUGACUAGCGUAGGAUUGCACUGUUUGUCAGAAGUGGGAACGCAUCCCUCCAAGCCUCUCUACUUUGUCCUCAGGACCCCCCAGACCAUGUCCCUCCAGAAGCCCUGCUUUCUACCCUUUUGCCCUUGCUUCAGUUUGUGUGGAACAUAAAUGGUGAUAAUCCUUCUCACUUGCCAGGAUGGGGAGAAAGGUGUGUGCAGAGGGUGUAGUUACCUCUGGCUUUUGCAUGACUGUAUAAAAUAACCCAUCCCUUGCUCUGAACACUUUUGCAUUCACCCUUUUAGCCUUACGUUGUAUGCCUGUGAAGGUAUUUCUCACUGCAGAAUCUGCUUUCAGGUACAUCCUCCUUCCCUGUUUUUAACUCUUAACAGGGCAGGGUCAGAGCCAGGAUUUUCUAGGCUUCUAAAUAGCAUGGAGAGCCUCAGUGAACAGAACAGGCUCCCCUCAGUAGGCAUACAGUAAAGGUAAAGGACCCCUGACAGUUAAGUCCAGUCGCAGACAACUCUGGGGUUGCAGUGCUCAUCUCGCUUUACAGGCCGAGGGAGCCAGCGUUUGUCUGCAGACAGUUUUUCUGGGUCAUGUGGCCAGCAUGACUAAGCCGCUUCUGGCGCAACGGAACACUGAAACCAAAUGGGGAAGCAGCACUAGAGCACUUGUCCCUGCUCUCCAGCACAGAGUUCUAAGCACAUUGAGGUUAGAAUGCCAGAGUCCUGCUUCUGCCAUGCAGUGAUCUCAUCUUGCGCUUUUAAAUUCAUACACCCAAUCUCCUAGAAGUACCUUGCCCCAGUUUGCCUAGGUCUCUUUCAUAAACUCCACUAGAAAUGCAGCAGUAUCUUCCUUCAGCUUCUGAUACUUCCCGAGUGCCUGGUUCUAAUAUUUCUGCCUUUAACUGGAAUAAAUCUUUAACUGAAAUAAAUCUUUAAAGUAUUGCAUUACAAGAGGGAGCCACCCUCAUUCUUGAUGAGUUUCAAAGGACUAGUGGUGCUGUUCACAGUAAGAAUUGUCUAGCUGUAAGGGGAAAAAGUCUAUGGGAAUUAUAGGAGUGUAUUGAGUUACCUCUCUAGGAAUUAUGCUACAUCAGGGACUGAGUCACUAAAAACAAGCCCUCACAUGUGUAUUUAAUAUCUGUGCUUCAACACUUAGUAGUGAAAUCACUUUUGAAGUUGUGUAAGCAUGUUACAGCAGAAUCAGUUUAAUUAGUGUUUUAAAUGCUUCUGCUUGCAGUGGGUAAUAUCAAACUCAUAGGAUUGCAACUUUGAGAACGGUUCUUGUUUUGUUGUUACGAUGUCCGUAUUAUGAUGUCUGAUUUUCCCAGUAGUAGUUCAAAAGCUCUAGCUACUGAACAGAAACAAAUAUGCUCCUGUGAGAUGUGAGGACAGAGAAAUGCAUAGUGUUAAUCUUUAUAUAAAUAAGUGGGAGCUAAAUACUUAACCUAAUGCAUAUGAAAAAUGACAACACUGUAUAUAUUAUAGCCAUAAUGAAAAUAAUUGACCUAUAUGUUGAUAAUUCAGCAUCUUGAAAAGUAGAGACAUCACCUUACCACCAAAAGUCCAUAUAGUUAAAGCCAUGGUUUUCCCAGUAGUGAUGUAUGGAAGUGAGAGCUGGACCAUAAAGAAGGCUGAUCGCUGAAGAAUUGAUGCUUUUGAACUAUGGUGCUGGAGGAGACUCUUGAGAGUCCCAUGGACUGCAAGAAGAUCAAAUGUAUCCAUUCUUAAGGAAAUCAGCCCUGAGUGCUCACUGGAAGGACAGAUCGUGAAGCUGAGGCUCCAAUACUUUGGCCACCUCAUGAGAAGAGAAGACUCCCUGGAAAAGACCCUGAUGUUGGGAAAGAUGGAGGGCACAAGGAGAAGGGGACGACAGAGGACGAGAUGGUUGGACAGUGUUCUCGAAGCUACAAACAUGAGUCUGACCAAACUGCGGGAGGCAGUGGAAGACAGAAGUGCCUGGCGUGCUCUGGUCCAUGGGGUCACGAAGAGUCGGACACGACUAAACAACAACAACAACAUGUUGAUAAUAUUUUAAAUGUGGAACAGGAGCAAACCAAUCCCAUUUCUGUCUCCUGUUAUCCUUUUCCUAUUAGCAUGAGCCACAAUCGACUAAAAAGUGGUCUCAGUGUCAUUUUGGAGAAAGCCUGCUUCUUGGCUAGUGCCUGCUGCUUAGAAAGUUUGGGCAGUUUCUACAAUUGUUCUCUUAUUACUCUACCAUGAAUGUAAGCAAGCCCCUUUUGUUAUCUGUAUAAACUUGUUUGUGGCUAGUUAUUUUGUCUAUGGAUUUGAGAACUUGCUUUCCUCUUGCAGUUUUUUUCAGUGACAGUUAUUGCUGAUCCUCUUUUUCAAGCCAAAACAGAUUAUAAACAGUACGGUAUCCGGGCAAAGCUAGAUGCUGCAGUAACAUGCACAGAUUUAAACAUGGUUCUUUUUCCACGGGCUCCAAAGCUUUGUGAGAUCCUGAUUUGCUGACUGUGGCCAGGGAGGAGCUGAGCUUGGGCUUUCGGUUUCAUCCGGAACUUUGGGAGCGGCUUUCCAACGCCUAAUGGCAGAUCAAAAUAAAAUUAAAAUCCUAAAGGGCUGAAGGAGGCGCUGGACUGGAGAGAAGGUCUCCAUCGCGGAAGGCUGCCUGCGCGCCAUUCUACUCCAACCUGAGAAUGUGGCCAACAUCUGUGACUCCCUCCAAACCCAUUGAGACAUUUGUUUUUAUGGACCUGGAAGCAACAGGCUUACCACCCUCGCAGCCUAAAAUUGCAGAAAUGUGCCUGUUUGCUGUGUCUAGACAUUCCUUGGAGAAUCCUCAAUACGGCAAUCCUUGCCCAAAACCACUACCUCUCUUGCCACGUUUAGCAGAUAAGCUGUCUGUUUGCAUUAAUCCAGACAAGCUGUUCACCCCGGCAGCAAGUUCCAUUACAGGACUGACGAAUGAAGCGUUUGCCAUGAACAGAAAGCAAACCUUUAACUUGCAUCUUUUGCACAUGAUUGUGGCCUUCUUCAGACGGCAGCACCCACCAAUCUGUUUGGUAGCACACAACGGCUAUGGUUACGAUUUUCCUUUGCUGAAAGCUGAACUCUCUGCGCUGGGUCACUUAGCCCUUGACGAAAUCUAUUGUGCAGAUACUAUUAAAGCCAUGAAAGCCUUGGACAGCGAGAACAACCAGCUUCAGCAGUUUGCAUACCAACCUAGCGCACCUGGCAGCAGGAAAAAAUAUGCUCUUCGUGACUUGUAUUUUAAAUUCUACAGAGAAUAUCCUCCGAACAGUCACAAUGCAGAAGGAGACGUCAUUGCGCUAAUAAACAUAUUUCAACAACGUGCCAGUGAUCUUAUGUGCUGGAUGGAUUCAAAUGCAAUGCCAUUUAAUUCCAUUAGAGCCAUGUACAAGGAAAAUGAGAGAUACGCUUCCUUUUCAAAAACACCUGGGAACAUUCAACCACGCCACUCCAGUCACUUACAGAUGCAAUCGCGGCAAAGAGUAGCAGCAACUACUUCACGCUGGCCUUUUCCAGAAGGUGGUGAACCAGCAGAUAAUAAUUAUAUUCCACUAAACCAUAGAAGUACUGAUAAAUUUUUCAUAAUUCCUGAUGAAAUUAAGAGUGUUCAGGGUAUAUUGAUUCUGUUUCUUGGGCUAGUAGUCAUGUGGGUUGCAGUUAAAUACCCUGUUUAAUUUAAUAUACAUUGGAUUUUGUAUACUGUAAGUUGCAAGCUGCAAAAAUGUGUUUCCACUAGCUCUGGUUUAUUUUCUCCCUCCAUUUAGAUCUUCUAUAACCCAUAUUUUAGAACAGCGGCAUUGGUUUCCAGUUUGUUUCUCGGCCCAGUUCAAGGUGCUCAUACUGGUGUGAGCCUCAAAUGAUUCAGGUUCCAGAUAUUGGCCUCCUUUUGUACAGAGCCUCUUGUGUGCUGAGAUCAGCAGAGAAGGUCCUUUUGAUAGUUCCUCCGCCCUUAGAGGUUCAGGGAAGGCAUUCUUUGUGGUGGCCCCUAAGCUAUGGAACUCCCUUCCCACAGAGAUGCUUCCGGCACCUUCAUUAUACUGUUUUUGGAGAAUGCUGAGGUUUGAGGUUUAUGUUUUUAGGAUGCACUUUAUUUUUAUGGCUAUUGUUUUAAACUGUUUUUAAUACUAUGUUUCAAUGCUGUAACCUGCUGUAACCUGGGAUCUUAGGGUGGAGGGUGGAUAAUAAAUUAAUAUUAUUUUGGUGA